GACGGGGGGGGCUUGCAUCCUUGACGGAGCCUCCGAAUCAGGGGCAGGAGCCGCCGCGGCACCUCCCCACCCCACCUCGCGGUGCCAUGUGGCGGGGCCGGCGUUGGCAGCUGCUGGCGGCGCCGGGAGGGCGGCUUCUGCUGCUGCUACUGGUCGGGCUGAGGGCGCGAGGGACGCUGGCUAGCGGCGAGUAUUGCCACGGCUGGCAGGAUGGGACGUCGUGGCGGGAAGGUUUCCAGUGUCCGGAGCAUUUCGACGACAGCGACGCCACCAUUUGCUGCGGCACCUGCGCGCUUCGCUACUGCUGCUCUCGCCCGGAGGUCCGCCUGGAUCAGGGCAUGUGCGACAACGACCGGCAACACGGCGGAGCCGAGCACGGCCGGCCUGACAAAGACCUGCCAGACAGCGCGGCAGUGCCUAUAUAUGUGCCAUUCCUUAUUGUGGGGUCUGUUUUCGUGGCAUUCAUUAUUCUGGGAUCCCUUGUGGCUGCUUGCUGUUGCCGGUGUCUGCGACCCAAGCAAGAACCACAACAAAGCCGGGCUCCUGGAGGGAAUAGGAUAAUGGAGACAAUCCCCAUGAUUCCAAGUGCCAGCACCUCCCGGGGAUCAUCCUCACGUCAAUCAAGCACAGCUGCCAGUUCCAGUUCAAGUGCCAACUCUGGUGCCAGGGCUGCUCCCACCAGAUCACAAGCUAACUGCUGUUUACCAGAGGGGACCAUGAAUAAUGUAUAUGUCAACAUGCCAACUAAUUUUUCAGUACUGAACUGCCAACAGGCCACACAGAUAGUGCCUCACCAAGGACAGUAUUUGCACCCCCAGUACGUGGGUUAUGCUGUGCAACAUGACUCCAUGCCCAUGGCCUCUGUCCCACCUUUCCUGGAUAGCCUGCAGAGCGGGUACAGGCCAGUUCAGUCACCAUAUCCCCACAGUAAUAGCGAACAGAAAAUGUAUCCUGCGGUGACUGUGUAACUCUUAAGAAGGGAAGGAAGCAAGAAAUCAAACCAGUCACAACGAUGCAUCAAGCGAAGGAGUAAUAACAACAAACUGUACAAAACAACAAUUUGUAAAUAAUUUUGGAAAACCUGUGUUUCAGACAGUGUCUAUUCCUGGUUUUCACUGGAUGCAGUAACAAAAACCUGUAUGAAGGUACCUGGAAGUGGUAUUUCUAGGUAAUGCCUCCAUUCCAGUGUAUAAUUUAUAAUGGCUAAGAAUUAUGCUGAAGGAGGCAGUGAUAUUUCUGUUACCAAACUUGCGUAAAUAAGUGAUUAAAUGCCCCUCAGGUACUUCCCAGUCAGUGGUAUUUGCCUAGUGAAUAGAAAACAUUUUGUAAUGUGACAAGACAAUAUUUUAGGAGUGUCUUGUUUUACCUUUUUUGUCCUAGGUACAAUGACUCUUCAUAUUGCUGUACCGACAAUCAUGCUUCACAAUAGUAGGCUAAAUGGUGCAAUCUUGUUAGUGUCAGUCCUAGGAACUUACUGGUUAUCUCAGUGGUAAAAAUGUAGUCAUUCCACUGUAGGAAGUCCAUAUUCCCAUCCUGACAUCCAUCUUCCUCCUCCCUUCUAUUGAGUUCUGCAGCAGUUGAUUUGAGAGAUCUUCUGCUGGAGAAUCUGGAGAGCCAUAAAAACAGACAAAUAAUCUGACUUCAUGUGACAGCUUCAUAUGGUUUCUUUUCCUAGCUAUAUAGCGUUUAUUUUCCAAUGGACUUGAAGUUUUGAUUUAUAGACUGGGAUUUAAGGAACUAAACCAGCCACGCUCAUUCAGAAAUAAGGAAACUGGGAUUUAUUUCAUAACUGCCUUUUCCAAAUAGCAAGUCCUCAUUACUCCAUAAAAGUUGCCUUUCAAAAUGUUCUCACUAAGAGGUCAGCCACUGUGACACAUCUCCUCAGGAGCAUGAAUAUGUCUGUGCAGUCCUUUGGAUUAUGGCCAUGGUCAAUGCAGAAAUAUUAUUUAUCUCAGGCAUUUUCAGAUCACAGUAAAUUACUCCAAUUAAAAUACCCAUGAAAGCCCCAAUAUCUGUUUUACUAAUCUGUGAAUUUCAGUGUUUGCUCACAAAGGCUCCUGCAUGCCUCAAAAACUGCAUUUGGGAAUGUCAGUAAUGUGAGAUUUGUGGAUUAUAGCCAAUACUUCAUCCAACAUGUUCCUAACUCCUUUUGUAUUUGAACACAAUACAAAAGUCACAUCUAUAUCAAGAAUUAACAUGGACCUGAGAAGGGGGAAUUCCUAUUUAAUAUGAAUAAAAAUAGGCCAAACAGUCACACGCUUGGAAAAUCCUACCCAAGUUUCAACAUUGGAGUCCAGAGGAAGAUUUAAAUUAGCAACCACAAGAAGAAUUAGAAAUUAACAAUAACAAUAUAAAAAUGUUACAAUGAAAAUGUGACAGUCCACAGACACCCAUGUAAAAACAUUUUUGAUGGCAUUAAAUCAAAACUAUAUUGCCCUGUACCAACUGAUCUCACUUACAAUAUCUCGUCACCCUAGUGUUACAGUAUAUCUUAUAGAGACUUAUUAGCAGUGACAUUAUUGUAUUUGAUUAAUAAAUUAGCUCUUAGUUGAAAAGACCUUUUUGGUCUGAGUAGAUCAAUUUGGCUUAAAAAUAUGAAGUGCUUUGGAGCUAACUGGAUUAUAUUCACUAUCACCUCAGAAGUAGAUUUAAAUUUUCCUAGCUGAAACGAAAGUUGAUGGUCUUGGGCUGCAAUCCUUUAUAUACAGAAUUAGAAGUAAGUCCAGUUUGACAUCAGUUGGGCUUCCUUCUUAGUGCAUAAAACUGCAAUUUCUCAUCCUGAAAUUCAUUGCACAUGUCCUGCAACUUAGGUGAAAAUCAGGUGAAUGUUUUGUUUACUUGUUUGGAAAAAAGUAAGUUAAAAUUGAAAGUAUUAUAGAAACUAAUUUACAACUACUUGGGAGAAAUGCUUUUCAUUGAGAAAUGUAUGAAUGUGAAAAAGUUCAUUGUAGAUUUGUUGAUUUAGAUUAAACGUGAUAAAGGCUUGAAUUAUGGAAUUGAAAUUGCUUCUGAAUGUCACAAUAGUGAUAUACAAUAGAAAAAUAGCAUGUGUGAGAAUAAAUGGAAUUUAGUAAAUGGUUCAACAUUAAGCAGAAAAUAAAAACUUCCUCAAGGAUGCACAAUAUAGUAAGAAUGAUGUACUUAACUAUGUGGUAAAGCAAGAAAAAAAGAAACAUUAAAAUGUAUGAGUGAUGAAUGAAUGUUAUUGACUAUGAAAGUGAGUGACCAGUAUGAAUGUAGUAUAUUGAGAUGGUACAGUAUGUACAGAUAGUGAGAAUUAAUGAGGAUGCAAUUGCAGAAUGAACUGUGAAGUAAGAAUGAUUGGUUGAGAGAAAGGCUAAGACCUACAAAAUUGUCUUAGGUUUAAAUUGAGAUUUUCAGAAAAACAUGACGUAUAAGGAACAAAAGGCAAUGUAUGAAGCAAUGUAUGAAUAUAAAAAGCAAGCAAGAAUGGUAUGCAAACAGUUGGAGACAUUAAAUAGUAUUGGUGUAAGCUAUUUUUUAGUUGUGUUUCCUUUUUUUAUGUAAUUCUUUUAGUCUCUUUGAUUUAUAAGGUCUUUUCUGUGCUCUGCAUAAUUUACCAAUCCUGAAAGGGAAUAACAUAAUGUGUAUGUAUGUAUAUACAGGGAAAUGCUCUUGAGUUGUAAUAAAAAUGAUUUGUGAUGUGGUGUUUUAUAUGUCAUGUAAAAUAAGUAAAAUAUUGUUAAUGUUCGGUUUAAUUUUUAAAAAUUUCUUAAAAGAGCAUUUGAGUGAUUCUUACAAGUGAAAAAAAAAUCUUUUGUUUCAUAAUAAAUAUUUUAUGGUGUGAA